UGAGUAAAAGCAGAGAAAACGUUUCAGAAAAAAUUGCUAUUGCUCCGAGACCUAACAUCGACGAUUCCGAUGCUUCUCACCCACACAUCAUCAGCACCGUUGCAUUGCAGCAUCGAUGUCAAAUAUAUACAAAAUAUUCCCCAUAUAUUGACAGUGGGGACUCUUCUCUUUAACGUAAAAGCAAAACCCUUUUUGUUGAUUGCUUCUCAAUACCUUUGUCUUAAUUUUUUAUUAAUAAAUAUUUGCUUUAAUAUCCGAAAACCCUUCAAACAGAGAGCGUAUGAAAGUCUCAACAGACUGUUGUAGGAUAAAAAUCUCAACAGAAUUUGUAUCCCCAGAAAAAGUCUCAACAGACUGACUUUCAUUUGCAUUUCUUUUGCCAUAUCCCGCUUUUUUGCUUUUUUUAGAUCCAUCAGACUCAGAGACAGAAAUUUUUUAGUUCUUUUCAUUUUUUAUCUUUCUUUUCCAUCUGGAGUUUCCUUUUUCUUUCUUGUAACUUCUUUCGCUUGUUUGCUUGAUUGCUUCUAAAAACACGGAAAGGGUGAGGCUUCAUCACGCUUCCACCUUCAGAGUUCAGAUAUCCUUUAUUUUAACACUUCUGAAGGUUCUGUUCGAUUUACGAAGUGGGUUGUUGCUCUUUUCCUCUUUACAAUGGAGAAAUUUUGUUUUCUUCUUCUCUUUGCUCUGGCCUUUUUGUUUAAUGGCGGAUUUUCUGUGACUGAUGGAACGGAGGACGGAUCCGAGCUAUGGGGAUAUGUUGAAGUCCGACCAAAAGCUCAUAUGUUCUGGUGGUACUAUAAGAGCCCGAACAGAGUUGAAGACCCUUUCAAACCUUGGCCAAUUAUUCUGUGGUUGCAAGGAGGACCUGGUGGUUCUGGAGUUGGUAUUGGGAAUUUUCAAGAGGUUGGACCAUUGGACACCAAUUUGAUGCCUCGGAAUUCAACUUGGCUCCGUGUGGCCGAUCUCUUAUUCGUGGAUAACCCAGUUGGAACGGGAUUCAGUUAUGUGGAGGAUGAGAAAGCUUGCGUGAAGACAGAUGAAGAGGCUGCAAUUGAUUUAACCACUCUGUUGAAGGAGCUCUUCAAUAAGAAUGAGAACCUUCAAAACAAUCCUCUUUACAUUGUAGCAGAAUCUUAUGGAGGAAAAUUUGCUGUUACUCUUGGACUAUCAGCUUUUCAAGCUAUUGCAGCUGGAGAGUUGAAGCUUAAACUUGGAGGAGUUGCUUUAGGUGACAGUUGGAUCUCCCCUGAAGAUUUUGUGUUUGCGUGGGCACCUCUGCUCAAAGAUUUGUCACGGCUUGACAACAAUGGCGUGGAAAAGGCAAAUAGUAUAGCUCAACUGAUUAAGCAACAAAUUGAGAAUGGCCAGUAUAAAGAUGCUACCAGCUCAUGGAGUGAACUUGAGAGUAUGAUUAUUGCCAGCAGUAACCGUGUGGAUUUCUACAAUUUUCUGUUGGAUGCAGGAAGAGACCCACUUGCCAUCAAAACCAUGGAAUCGUCCGCGAUGAUAGCAGUUCAUAAAUACUCAAAAUAUCUCAGCUCCAAUAAAUUCUCUGGUGAUGGUGUUGACCUUGGAAGCUUGAUGAAUGGAGUCAUUAGAAAGAAGCUAAAGAUUAUACCCAAUGAUGUCAAAUGGGGAGGGCAAUCAGAAAUCGUUUUCUCUGCUCUAGAUGGCGACUUCAUGAAGCCGAGAAUUAAUGAGGUUGAUGAACUCUUGGCCAAAGGUGUUAAUGUGACAAUAUACAAUGGGCAGGUUGAUCUAAUAUGUGCAACAAAGGGGACUCAAGCAUGGGUUGAGAAACUGAAGUGGGAAGGGCUUAAAAGUUUCUUGGGCUUGGAUAGAACGCCUCUUUACUGUGGAGAUGACAAAACAAUUACAAGAGGAUUCACCAAAUCAUACAGAAAUUUACAUUUUUAUUGGGUUCUUGAGGCAGGACAUUUUGUCCCUGUUGAUCAACCCUGCAUUGCACUGGAUAUGGUACGGGGCAUUACACAGUCUCCGAUUUCUUCUUAUUAGGGGCUAUUUAUGAAAAAAUUAGUAGCAACACUAGAAAAGAAGGAUGAGGGAGAAAAAGUUCCUGAUAUAUGUAUAUUAAGCCUCUUUAAUUUUUUUCAAUAAAAUCUCCCUUGUAGUUAUUUCUUCAUUCACAUUUUUUUAUCUUAACUUCAAUAUAAGGCAUUCCACAAAUCACCUUGCAAGUUGCAA